CUGAUCGAUAAAUAAAAUCAUCGAAAUGGUCGAGAAACGAGACACGAGAGCGAAGUCCGUGUUUGAAGUAGACCGACAGAGGAGACAUAUGUUUAAAGAUAAACUGAUACAGCUCGCAGAAUGUGAAGAAGUUGUUUCCGAUGAAACUGUGAACGCUAUUGGUCGAGUGACCGAUGUGGUUCGCGCUGCUGAUGACAAUGCUCCCAGUAGCGAUGAGUACGACGAAGAACUCGAGGAACAGUAUCAAGAUUUGAAUCACUAUCUUCAGCUGCCGAAUGACACGUACUCUUUAACCGAAAUCAGACCGGAGCUCCCAACUUGCGUGAAAUAUGGCGUUCGCUCAGGAUUGACUCAUAUUAACAUGCCCAAAUUUUCACCGUUGUCGAAAGGUCACCAGGGUGGAGCAACGGCGAUAGCAGCGUUCGCAGCUACAACAAUCUACAAGUCUCGGUGUUGGAAUGAGGCGGUUAUCGAUCAGAUCAUCGAGGACGGGGAUACGUUUUAUUGCGAGUCGUAUAAGGACAUAAACACGGACGAUCGUCGAUUACUGUCUAUCUUGGAUUUGAAACGGACGCUGUGCGUGCAGAAUAGGCUGACGGUGAAUGUCAGUAUCGAGGAAGCUGCUUACGCCGGCACGUUCCGUUCUACGGAACCCACGGGAAUGCACCUGGUGAAAGCUUUGGACUUAUUCUUCAAACGUCACAAUGCUGGAAUUCUUUCGUCACCGGUGCUCGACGUGGCCAUUUGGAAGGACGCGAAGUAUUACAACAUAUUCGACGGUCAACCUAGACUGGAAAACUGCGAGCCAGCCGCCGACGGAAUCAGCGGCACGGCGAAGCUAUUCCUCGUUAAAGAUCUAAUAGGCGUGCUCUUCAUCAUCUUAGAAAAGAGCAAGGUGAAGAAUGAGCCAUUCGUUCUUUAUGCCAUAGCGAUCAGCGGCGUAGACCAUUACACCCAGCAAGUCGACACCGACAAACCGGAAAAGCCGGACACGAAACCGCAAAGAAGACCGAGCGGUUACAAGGUGCAAGAAACGUAUCGCGCAGUGGUUCAAGGUUCCUACCACGUGACUCAUCCGGCGAUCCCGCAACCUCUUCGUAAUCGGACCUACUUGGUGAUCGCCUUGGCGGCUCUGGUUUACUCGCGUCUGGUGAACGCCAACAAAUGGACGAGCGCAUUGAUCGACCUGAUCUUUAAUCAGUCCAACAUAUACUUCGUUGACCUGGUUCGUGUCCUCGAUAAGGACCUCAGCGACCCGGAAUUCGAGCUGCGUCUGGACGACAUCAUGGGCGACAUUAUUCUGGGCGCUUACUCCGCGAAGGUGAAGAUCCGAACGAACGUGGUUCCCGGCUACGGGCAGAAAAAGGGCAAACUCGGUAUCGACGACGGGCUGCGCGAGUUCUUCGAGACUCAGACGAACGGCCUGCUGGAGAUCAAAGGCUUCUAUUACGCUAUUUGGAAACACGACGACACUUAUUACUUCAUGGACCCCUUCGCCUGCGACGACGAGGGUUUCAGGAGCGGAACGGCUGAGCUGGAUGGGCAUAUGAAGGAAGGCGAGUCCGCCUGCGUGACGAUGAAUAGCUCUAUUAAUCAGGUGAUGGAGACCAUCAUCGAGAACACCGGUAGCAGAGACAGGGAUCCCUUCGUGAUACACGGCGUCAGGGUUCUGUAUGUGAAGACGGGAACCACUCCGGGUGGUCCACUGGAGAAGGUGAUCUAUCGGGAGAAGGGCACAAAUCGAAGACCACAACCGCCGCCGAUGCAGAUGUUCCCAGAGGAGAAGUUCGAUGCAACGAUAGACAUGAGGCCGAGAGUACGACCUUCAAUGGACAAACUGAGGGACAUGAGUGUUCAGUGUCCAGACUUGAUGAAGAAGGCCGAAUCGUUCAUGAUGACGGACGAUGAGCCGCGAACUUACACGAUCGUAGCACCCGAGCCGCCACCGGAACCGGAGGUAGUCGAUGAAGAGGAAGAGGAAGAAGAGACCGAACAUGAAGACGAAGGGUUGACGGAGGAGGAAGAAGAAAAACCCGAAGUACCUGCCGAACCUACCGAAACUGUGGAACCUGUUACGAGAAUCGUCAAAGGCUACAGAGUAAUCAAUCCUAACCGUUUGGUUGUUCAGGGUUCGAAGAACUGUUUAGACGAAGGUUUUGAUUUACCGUCCAGAGGCAAGCAAGGAUUGAUAACAGCCCUGACGGCCAUUGCUUACAGCAAACUGAAGGAGCCCACUCGAUGGAGAAACAUAGACGUCGAUCAAGUUAUCGACGUGGCUCACAAGACUUACGUCGAAGUCAUAGAUUGGAUUCGAAAAGGGCGACCCGAGGCGAGGGAAAGAGAAAUAGGCGGAGAAGGAGAAGAAGAGGAAGAGGAGGAGGAGCUGGGCGAGGGAGAAGAGGAAGAGCGAUUGCUGCCCGCACCGAGUCACUUGGAUAUUACGAUGCUGCCGGUCAGAUUGAAACUCGCCGAGAACGAUGUGUUUUUUAAGACGAAGAUGAAGAUCAUCCAAGGUGAAGCUAGUCCUCUGGCAAAUCUUGCCGAGGCUCUGGAAUGUUACUUCAAUCGAUAUCCACAGUUAGUGCUGGAGAAUAAGCGAUUGAUGUAUGGAAUCUGGAAAGAGGGCGAUCACUUCUUCCUGUUCAAUCCGUACGGUAGCGACGAGGAAGGUUGGCGUCUUCGAGAUUAUCCUGCUUCGUUUGCCGUGGUGGGGAGUCUCAACGAACUGACCGAUCUCCUUUAUGGUAUCAUGGAGUUCAACGACCCCCUGUUCACGAUUCAUUUCGUGGGACUAGACACGAUACAACCCGGUCUGUACGCGUCCGAGGACCCGGUAGAGGUUCCCGAGGACGCGAUAGAACUCUUCAAGACGAGGUUUCUGCCAAUCACGGACGACGAUUUAUCUAAGUUGGAGGCAGAAUUGCAGGAACCGGAACCUGAAGAGAUAGAGGUUAUAGAGGACAUCGUGCUAGGAGAAGAAGAGGAAGAGGAGGAGGAGGAGGAAGAAGAAGGCAGACGUCGCGGUAGACAGGUUGUCGAGGAAGAAGAGAAACCGCUGGUGGAUCCUUUGCUCGAGAUCAAAGAACAGGAUCAACCCGAUGCUCCGUAUCGUUUGAACCUGAUUCUGCUGACGUCCAACAUGAAGGUCUUGGAGGAGAACGAUCACGAAGAGAAACAGGUGCAUGAGCAGAUAGCAAUGGAGAAGCUGAAAUACGAUCACCCGCCACCUUACGUGAUGCCCUCGAAUAAAACGUUGAUCAAACUUCUCGAAGCGAAACGAGCGAAGAGAUCGGUUCCAUCUUUGGUCUCGAGGUUCUCCAUCGAUUCCCGAUUAGACGUGAAGAAGAAAGGAGGAAUGGCUUCGAUAUUUAUGUCGAAAUCGGCUCUGGUGAUGACCUUUCCCGACUCGGGGGACGAUUCAAAACCCUCGAAGAUGAUUAAACUGUCUCCGCAGAGAUACUUGUAUUCUAGAAUUCUGCCGAUUUGUUUGAUGCCUCUCAGAGCCAUCAAUGAUAUGUAUAUUCAUCACGAAGGACAGGGGCAAGCGACGGAAGAAGAGCACAAAGAUAAGAGCGACUUCGUUCUUGAAGAUAUACCGGAAGUACCUGUAGGAAUCCGGAUACGACCGCAGUUAUUGCCUCUUGGACCGACUAUUAAGACACCGUUGCAGGAGAAGAAACCGCCUACUUGUGUGGAAAAGAAGAAACGGAAAUGUUUACUGGCUAAAGUCGACGAAGGAGAUGUCCUGAUGGAGAAGAUCCUUUGUAACACCGAGGAUCUGUUGUUGGAAUUAUUCUUUCCGGGAUUCAAAGCGAAAGUUCAGACACCUGAGGAAAGAGCCGCUGAUGAAAGAUCAAAGACUUCGAGCAAAGCACUGCUGGACGCUCCGAGAUCAACGAUACGAAAGAGUGCGGUAACUGUUCAGAAGAAAGGAAAGCGGCAACGCGAUGCAGCUCGUUUGCAACUGACCGCAGACGGGGUUCGAGUACUUCAAGGCAACAUGUGUUUGGAGAACCGAGCCGAAUGCGAAACGUGUCACUUCAAAUCCUGUUUCUUUUCCGCGUUACUUUGCGUCCUGGCGAAGAUCAAAUUAGACCCGGAUAAUUUUCGUCCAACUACGCUGGACCAGCUGGUUUUCCUCGGCGACAAAAUUUAUCAGCGAACAGGAAAGCUUCGAUACAAGCCGUACCGAUGGUAUGAUCACAUCGAGAUCCUUGAUACGAUGUACAAUGUGAUCACGAAGCAGGCUGUUUACGCGGACCCGGAGAACUGUCAGGAGGACGAGCUGCAGUUCAUAAUAGAAUGCUUCUUAGAGAAAAACAAGACGGGCAUUCUUGUCUUCCCGAAUUGUUCGUACGCCUUCUGGACAGCGAACGAUCGAUUUUACCUGUUCGACGCUUACGCGUGCGACGAGAAUGGUAACGCCAGCGACGAGGGAUUCUGCUGUCUGAUGGAGUUCUGCGACCUGGACGAAAUGAUGAAGAGAAUCGAGCGCACCCUCGACGAGAAAAAGAAACAACCGUACCGAAUUUACGCAGUCUGCAUAGCCCACAUGGAGUCCAAAAAACGCAAGAAGAAACGGAAGAAGAAGGUGUUCCGUUGCUCGGAGAAGAAAAUAGAGCCAGAGGUACGUCCAGAAGAGCCACCCGAAGAGGAGCUCUCCACCGAGUCGGAGGUCUCCCUGAUCGAACAGUCGGACUGGGUGAAGGGUGACUCGAAAACGAGCCUCGUGUACGACAUGACCAUCCCAGGCUUCGCUCCCAUCAAAUACUACAACGCUUCCAUGCUGGACGUGAUCGUUCUGGAGAACGAAAUCACUACUCCGAGGUUGGCGCCCUUCAAGAAGUCUUCGCUGAGGCUGACGAAAGGCAUGGACGUGUUCGAGGCUACUAAACUGUUGGUCAGAAGGAGAAUCUACGACAGGAAUUUCAAGCCUCACUCGGCGGUCACGACCCCGUUGGAUCUUUGCGUUAUAGCCUGGUCCUUGAUCCACGAUCCCAUCACAUGGUCCGUGAGGACUGUUAGAGGGUUGUUCGAUGCUAGCGUGGAUUACACAUUCGACAGCCUCUUAGCCACCGAAGACUCGACCGUGGCGGACAUGACCGAUGGUCUUCUGCCAGAAUUCGAGAUAGCCAACUACGUAUUCAGGGUGGUGUUCGUGCCUCUGCAUUAUGGGACCCUGUAUUCCGUAGAAGGUUGGAACCUUUCCAUGUCCUUGCAGAAGAUUUUCGAAACCCCUGCGUACUCUGGAGCGAUCAUAGUCUGCGGGGAUGCUCAUGUGGGAGUGAUGAGGAGGAACGGGAACUGUUUCGCUUGGUGGACGGUCAGGAGGACGAAGAACUUGAGGUUCGUUACUACCGUGGAUAUGAAGGAGUUCUUGAAGCUGAUCGUUCAGGAGAUCAAUCAGCCCGACGAGGCGAUGUUCGUGAUGAGAGUGAUCACGGUGUCUUAUGCUCAGAAAGUAGAUCCUGAUUGCAGCGAUACUAAAGGUCUUCACGAACCGGUGGUGCCCAGUUCCUCUUUGCCGGAAAUUCAUCGAAUGCCCACCGAACCUUAUAAUCUUGAAGCGAUCUUCAGACCCACGAUUCCGGACUCUAAACCUAUUUUCGUGCUCGGAACGGUUGCUUUUAACAACAGGGAUGCUGUGAUCGAACCGCGAGUCAAAAGAUGUUACUUCGUUGCUAUUUUAGCGGUGAUGGUGAACAGGGAUAUUAUCCAAAGCCCCAUACCGGGGAUGGUGGAUAAAAUUCUUGAGGUGGCUGAGGCGGUGUACAGGGAAUUCUCGGAGCCGAAGUUUCAUACUAAGCAUAUUUUACGUAAUGUUACGCUGAUGAACAGGAUAUUCGAUUUCCGUGAUUGCGCGUCACCUUUGGUAACACUCACGCUAAAUCCUCGGACCAUGAGGACGGAUUAUUACGUUCAAUUAAGAAGACAUCUGCGAAAAUACUUCAAAUCGCACACAAGCGGCAUUUUACAAUUCACGAACUGCUGCUACGGUUUCUGGUACUCGAGAGCUACGAAUGCAUACUACUACUUAGAUCCUUAUCAGUGCAAUGAGAAAGGAAGAAGAGUAUCGAGCAAUGGCAAAGCAUGUCUUUGCAUAUUUCCAAGCAUCUGCCAAAUGGUGAAGAACAUGUGUCUGAAUCAGUUCGAAGAGACGACAGGUUUCUUCAUUCACCGAAUUCAUGUGGACUCGAUCAACGUUCCAGCCUCUAAGACCUUCAAGGAGGAUCCGAUGUGGUUGUACGUAGAUUACCACUGGAACUUCAGGCACGCUCCCAGCAUCGUGAAAUCUAAUACGAGGAAGAAGAAGGACGUCGAAGAGGACGAGGAUCAAACGAUGAAACAAUUCUGGAAUAAUUACGCGGUUGAAGUAUCCAAUCUAAUUUAUUCAGCUUGGGGUACGAUCGGUUCGUAUGAUUCAAGAUUCGGCGAUCGUGCUGGGAAAAAUCAGGCCGCCAUUUGCGUGGCUGUGCUGGCCAUGCAAUAUCUGAGUCAUCCAUCGAGAUGGGGUCCCGCCAUAUUGGACUCUGCAGUGAUCUGCGGAGACUCCUAUUACACGGAAAGCUUGAGGAACUCUUUGAAAAAGUACACCAAGUAUUUCAACGUGUUCAACUUGCAGCCCAGCUUCAAGAUCUUCCCACACUCGUGGUCCAUCGAUUUCAAGGAAGGCAUCUGCGGCAUCCUUUAUGGCGCCAAAAACCGAAUGAGUCUAGCCAACUCGUUAGUGUUAGCCUUCGAAGAAUCACCGAACGUUCUGAUCGAGUGUAACAGGAUCACGUUAGCCGUCUUGGCAGCCAAAGAUGGAUACUACGUAGCGGAUCCCUGCUGGGUUGGACCUCCCUUAUUCGAGAGGGAUCGCGGCGCAAUUUACGUGCUACGCUGCAGGAACAUGAACUCACUUGUCUACGCGAUUAUAAAGAUGCUCAACACGAACCAGAGGCUCGAUUUUCGUUUGACACCUGUCUUGUUCACGUUCGAACAGGAGGACUUCAACUUCAUGGACAGUAAAGUCCGUGAAACGAAGAAGAAAGUCCUGCUGGAGCCUGUGAGAACCACUCCAGGAAAGGUGGAUGAACCUGUUGCACCGAUACCGGGUGCUCAUUCGACUCCCGAAGGAGACUCUUACCUUUUGUACAAUAACAAUUUCACUACUGGUUUGUUGAGGGGUCACGAGCUGGAAAAUCCCGAAUGGCCUUCGGUCGAACCAGUCCUGGAGGAGGAAAACAAGACCAGCAUGCACGUCAGCACCACUUGGCACAUUAAUCUGGGACAAGCCGUACCUCUGGAGAAACCCACACCCGUGUUCGAUCCGGAUGCCUUAAAACAUGUACCGGAAGAGUGCGAGGCCCGCGUAGUCGACUCCUUCGAACCGCAGGUUCCGGUCGUGAGAUCUGUCACCGAGUUCCUGACUGCCUGCAACGAUUAUCCUAGAGUCGUGGACUUCGCUGCUGAUCGUGUUCUGAAGAACGAAAGGCCCCUUCAUUGCACCGCUGCCCGAAGCUUCCUCACGGAAACUGCUCGAGAAGAAUUCCGAGCGUGGACGAAGGAUAUGGCCAAGAAUGUCUAUAAAACGUAUAAGCAUCGACUUCCUAGAACUAGCGAACAGAAGGAUGGUGCUGGAGAACGUGCGAGUGCUAUUCAUACGAUUACCGAAGAAGAGACGGAGGAGAAGGAUCAUCCCGGUACCCCAAGAGAAGCUGCGUCGGUGGUGACGGCAGGAGAGGAUACGGCGACGGAGAGAGAAGAUACGGCGACGGAGGGAGAAGAUGACACGGAAUGGGAAGAUGAAGCGGAAACUACUGCCGGCGAGGAUUAAAAUGUUGAUUCGAAAGGAGAUCAAGGGAUACAAGGAGAUCCGUGGUUACUGUAAUCUCUUGUUGUAUUGUCAAGGUGGAAUUAAUUCUGGAAACUGAAAAUGUAGUUCUGUCCUAUAACCCUCGAGAAUUUGUGAGAUGUUUGAUAAGUUUGAUGUGCAAAGAAAAUUGAAAAAUAUGGAAAGUAAACUUGAUAUUUUGUCUCAGUUGAUAUUUUGUUGACUCUGUAUGAUAUUUUAUUGGUAUUUGAAAUUCCUUGAGUUGUAAAAUAUACAUUUCCUACAAAAUAAAGCGUGUAAUCUAUAUUAUUUAUUAUUUCAUUUUUGUGAAUAUUUAUCAAUUUUUUUAUUUGUCCACAUCACCGCGUUUGAACGGAAGAACAAGUUUUUUCUUUAUUUAAAAAUGAUGAUAUUCUUUAUCGGAACAAAUUGCUAUUUAGGAAAUGAUCCAGUGAACGCGAUUAUUCCGUCAUCCUGUUGAAUACACGUUUUAGAAGAUGAGAUAAUCGAUAAAAUAAAAAGUUGUUUACCUUGAUGAAAGCAUCUGAUGUCUUGGGAAAAUUUAUUCAACGUCAACGGAUAAUCACAAACACGUAAAGAAUUUCUUUGUACGACAUACACUUUCAAGGGAUCAAUUACACGAGCUUGUUAAUCGAGUCAUAAUUUAUUUGAUGGGUAAAAACAGGCAUACACUAAUAAUUAACGCCUUAAUCACCAAUGUCACAUAUUCGUGAUUGAUGUCUAUAACUUUUUAUUUUAUUGUCCUUUAUAUAACUUAUAUAUUACAACUUGCCCAGUCAUACUUUUGCAAUGUCAAUUAUUUUAAAAUUAUGUAAAAAUAUUCUUUUAAAUAUACAAAAUUUGAAAAUAAUUACUAUAUUGUUAAAUUUCAAAAUUUCGUUUAUUUAACAUGAAAGUGAUUUACAUGUUUAUUAUACUUUUAAUUAGCACACAACUUAAUUAUUUUUGUCACGUAUAAACAUAUACAAUUUGAUUACCAAUCCACAGAGGAACAGGAGGUGAAUCAUAUACAUUGUAAACGAUAUUUAAUAGCAUAUUAAUUUAUUACGACAAACAGUAUUUAUAAGUAAAUACAAUUAAUAUUAAAAAUUGUACAUUGUAAAAACAAUUCUCUUCGUUUAAUAAAAGCAUUUUAUGAAAGAAAACGGUUCAAAAGUUGUUAAUUUAUCUUAAUAUACUUGAUCACAUAUACCAUUCCUGUGAACAAUUUCAGGAAAUAAAAACAAAUAAUUAUUACAAAAAACGUAAAACUUACAAUAAAAAGUAGAUAAGUUGAAUCUUGUAUUGGCUGCAAAUAAGAGUAAAAGAGGUAUAUCCAGGUCAGUUCACGAAAUUUGACACAAUUAUUAUAUUGAAAGACAUGCAAUUAUAAAUAUCAAUAAUUAAUAUCAAGCAUAAUAAGAUUAUUACACAAAUGAUGUACAAGUUCAUAAAAUUGUCUUGAAAUUAUUGUAACACCCAAAUUUGUAACAACUCGAAUUUUCUGUGCAAAUUGAAGUUUAUAGGAAUUUUUAAGUAGUUUACAAAAAAGUUGUUGGGAAAUUGAGAAUAGAGUGGUUGUUAAAAAUUGCAUCAACUUUCGUGAAUUCCGAUCUUUACUGAUCUCGAGAAGAAAUU